CAAUGGAAGAGCCAAUUGGCAGAUGUGCCCACGGGCUCUGAGCGGUUGUCGGAGGCCUUUCAGGAGGUGGAACAGCUGCUGCGGACAGGUCGACCUGCACAGAUCUUGGAGUCCAAAGAGACGCCAGGUGAUGGCAUGGGCCUUCCAUAUGGCAUCGCUUCACCCAAUGCGCGGUCAAGUGUGCUUCAGCACGCACGAUCGAGCGUGCUUCAGCAUGCACGGUCGAGCGUACUGCAGCCAUCGCCACUCAACAAGGUACGUUCAGCACCAACGCUACCUAAAGUGCGACAGGUUUGGAAGUACGGUGAGCACUUGUUCUUUUCAUUUUACUUGGAGCCAUGACAAAGCGUGGCGGCGGAGACAAAGAGUUGCAAGCCGUGCAGCAGUUGCCAAAGACGUUCUCGCUUGACAAUCCAGGAGAUGGACUGCAUGGUUCCUGGAAGUCUGAGAAAGGCAAGUGCACCAUCGGUAAAGAUCCCGUCACAGCUCGUCUCUCCUAUACUGAGCCAGUGGGCGAAGAGCGAGUGCAUGGAUGGCUGGAUCCAGUUUCCGGUGAGGAGUCGCUCUGGCACGGCACCCUUGUGUUGCUGAAGGCCGGUGAAGGGCCAUGGUAUGGCCCUUCCUUUGGACCGCCACCAGAGGUGGUGGGUGAUAUUAAUGUGAGACUCUUGAAGGGUGAUAAGCCAGGAAUGGAGACGCAGAUUCGCAUGCAAGAUGAGGAGGAGUGGUCAGAACUGACCAAGUUUGAACUGGAGGAGGGGGCUGAAGAAAAGCCAAUGCCCAAGCCUGAUCUAAGCAAUUUGCUCCCGAUGGAAGAGCGAAGCGAGUCUCGCGAGACAUAGCCUCCUCGGGGCAAAAGCAUCGCAAUUUGAGUUCUUGUUCUCAUUUGAACAGUUGACUAGUCGCGCUAUGUUGAGCUUCUGUUGUGACCCGGUAUGGUGUUGUCGUCGAAAUACAGACAUGUCAUCCAAACCGUGCUUGGCCCAAAUCGCCUUUUCCACGACCGCGACCGGAGGCCAAGCCUGUUGAACCUGAA